CCAGCAGACAAGUCCAGGCACACACCAACGGACGCACACACCACACACACAAACAAACACACACACACAAGCCAAACCGAUCGCUGGACAGGCGAUGUGCGGCUCACUUACCGGACAACCGGUGGCCCGCCCGAACUGACGAGCUUUCGUACGGUUGAAGACCACCGCGCGCUGUAAUUACUCCACACGCGCUUCUCCGGUGCGUUUAUCCGGGCUGUUUCUCGUUCCUCAAAUAGGCAUCAUCAGGGCUACCUGUCACAGCCGUCUGUCACGGAGGUUAUCGCUGCAAGAACCGCGGACACAGCGAUGACUCUCGAGGAUGAUCUGACAGCAGCCGCAGCGAAGGGACACACGGCCGACGUGAAGAGUCUCCUGCAGGCCGGAGCCGAAGUUAACGGGGGGAACUGUUUUGGACGAAGCGCUCUACAGGUGAUGAUGAUGGGGAGCACGCCGGUGGCUCAGGUGUUACUGGAGCACGGAGCGGAUCCCAACGUGGCGGACCCAAGCACCGGGACCACCCCGCUGCACGACGCGGCCAGGACGGGCUUUCUGGACACUGUGCGGCUGCUGGUGCGAUACAAGGCUGACCCGCAGGCCAGGGACAAUACAAACUGUCUGCCUAUCGAUUUAGCCCGAGACAACGGCCACAGAGACGUGGUUGCCUUUCUGGAGUCUGUAAAUUAGGCUGUACUCUUGUGACGCUGUGAUCAUGUUUCCUGCUGCUUGGUUUUUGAAUGGGGACUCGGAGGUCUGAGAAACGGGGCCUAAAGAGGCCUGCAGUUUAAAUUAUGCACAGACUGUUAUGCUGUAAAAUGUGUUUUUAUUUAUUAGUCUGUUUUGUGUUGAAUAUGCAUCAUUAUUUUAUUUUUAACGAAAUCAGGGUUAUCUAUUAGGCCACAGGGUCGCUGUUAGGACAAAUAACGCGAGGAUAUGAUGUUAUAGUGAUCUAAAGCGAGGAUAUUCGGGCUAUUCAGCACCGCAGUUUAAAGAGACUUUAAUACAAUUUGUUGCAAUGUUUAACUUCCGUUGUAUCAUUUAAAAUAUCCCGAUAGGCCUAUAAGGAACCCCACUUUUAUCAUGUACAGUUUUCCUAUAGGAUUUGUUCAGUGUGUUGCAUGUUGUAAAUAGGAUUAUUGUUGUUUUUAUUCAUAAACGUAAUGAGAUUGCGGUAUUUUAAAUAUUCCUUACAUGUCAAAUAUAUUUAACCAAAUAACAGAGAAGCCAUUCAAAAUAUUUUGCACAUUUGAACAUUAGUGUCUAACUGAUGCACUCUUCUUUAAGCAUUAUCUUUAUUCUGCAGAGUCCCAUUUCCUGUUUGUAUAAAUCAUAUUCAGAUCUCAGAUAUUAUGCAAUUUAUUAAAAUGUAACAUUUGUUUGAAGAUUAGAAGCAAAAAUAAUAUUGUUGGGCUCCACCAAUUGCCUGAUUGAUGGAUUAUUGAUAGGUACCAGAGAAUUAAAACAAAAAUGAAGUGA